CGGUUUUAGUUCGUUAUUGCCAACCAGGCGAAGAUGCAGUACAAUCAGCAGCCGGCGGGAGCCCCGGGCUAUCCGCCCCACCAGAUGCCACCGCCGAGCUACGAGCAGGUGGUGCACGUGCAGGCGCCCAUUCGGGUGGUGCACUCGACAGCCCCACCGCCCGUGGUGAUCAUACAACAUCAAACUGUAUUGCCGGUGGGUCCGGAUCCCACCUUCAUCACCUGCCCGCACUGCCACAUCCAGAAGCUGACCCGCGUGGAGUACUCGCCCAGUGUGAAGACGCACUGCAUGGCCGCCAUUCUCUGCAUCGUUGGCCUCUGGUGUUGUGCCUGCCUGCCCUACUGCGCCACCAGCUGCAUGAACGCCAAUCACUUCUGCGGCAAUUGCAAUAAGUUCGUCGGCGUCUACAACAGCGAUUAGUAAACAGAACCAAACGAAUGCAACCAAAUCGAACCG